AUGUUUAGCAAGGACUUCACAGCUCUCGGGCUUGCAGCCCUAUCUUUGGUCUCUCAAUCCCAAGCAGGACCUACCUUGAGCUCUUCUCACCUUAAGGCAAGAUCUCUCUUGGGUAAUUCUUUCGGUGUUCCUGGACGCAACGCAACUUACGAUUACGUUGUCGUUGGUGGUGGCAAUGCCGGUCUCACUAUCGCUAUGAGAUUGGCUGAGGCUGAGGCUGGCAGCGUAGCUGUCAUCGAGGCAGGAACCUUCUAUGAGAUCAGUAACGGAAAUAUCUCGCAAGUCCCUUCCAGUGAUGGUAUCUUCGCUGGAAAAGGUGCCACUGAUUGGCAACCUCAGAUCGAUUGGGGUUACCAAACCACCCCACAGUCGGGAGCAUUCAACACUUCUCUUCACUAUGCUCGUGGUAAGACCUUGGGUGGUUGCUCUGCUAGAAACUUCAUGGUCUACCAACGUGGUACUGUUGGAUCUAUGCAGAAGUGGGCCGAUCAAGUUGGCGAUGACUCGUAUGAAUGGGAUAACUUCCUUCCCUUCUACCAGAAGUCCGUCAACUUCAGUGCUCCUGACAUGACCCUUCGAGCUUCCAACUCCACCCCAGAUUUCGUUACUACUGAAGCCGCCAACACCCCAGCUACUGGACCACUCUCGGUAACCUGGUCCAACUACGCCCAAGCCUUCGGUACCUGGGCCAUUCAAGGUCUCGUUGAGAUCGGCAUACCAGUGAUUCCCGGCUUCUUGGGAGGCUCCUUGCUGGGAUCUUCAUACCCUACCUUCACACUCAAUGCCGACAGGAUGACCCGUGAAUCUUCGGAAACAUCUUUCCUCCGAGUUGGUAUGCAAUCACCUGACCUCAAAGUUUACACUCUCUCGUUGGCCAAGAAGAUUCUCUUUGAUGAAAGCAAGACUGCAACCGGUGUUCUUGUCGAGACCGGCGGCUACCCUUUCACUUUGACUGCUACCAAGGAAGUCAUCUUAUCUGCUGGUGUUUUUGGAUCCCCCCAACUCCUUCUCGCUUCCGGUGUUGGACCUGCAGCUGAGUUGAGCGCUCUCGGAAUCGAUGUUGUCGCCGAUCUUCCAGGUGUCGGAAAAGGAAUGCAAGAUCAUGUCUUCACUGGUAUCGGAUACCGUGUCAAUGCUCCUACCAUCUCUAAACUCGGAAACGAUGCGGCCUACGCUGCUGAACAAGCGUCCCUUUUCGAAAAUACCCCCGCUGCCGGCAUGUACACUAGUCCUGAUACUGAUGUUCUUGGAUGGGAGAAGAUCCCAGAGAAAUACAGGACCGAAUGGAGCAACGAGACUAAAACCGCUUUGGCUGAGUACCCUGCUGAUUGGCCUGAGGUUGAGUACAUUGCCAUCUCCUCCUUCUUGGGCAACCAAGUCAUCGCGGGAACUGACCCAGGUGAUGGAUUCAACUAUGCCACCAUGGCUAUUGCUAUUGUCGCUCCUCGAUCCCGCGGAACCAUCACCAUCACUUCCUCAGACACCAAUGUUGCACCUAUCAUUGACCCAGGCUGGUUGACCGAGCGAUCCGAUGUCGACAUCCUGGUCGGUGCCGUCAAGCGUGUCCGUGAAUUUUACGCCACCGAUGCCCUCCAAAGCUUUGUCAUCGGCGAUGAGUACUUCCCAGGUUCCAACAUCUCUACUGAUGCCCAGAUUGAAGACUUUGUCCGAACCAGCUUCAACACCAUCUGGCACGCAACCUCCACCUGCUCUAUGGGUCCUCUCAAUGACACCAACACUGUUGUCGAUACUCAAGCCAGAGUUCUUGGUGUUUCUUCUCUCCGUGUUGUUGAUGCUGCUGCUUUCCCACUCCUUCCUCCUGGACAUCCUAUGUCCACCAUCUAUGCUUUCGCCGAAAAGAUUGCUUGCGACAUCAUCUGCUGUUAA